GUGACGCCUGUGUUAAAGCUACUUUUAAUGUCAUACGCCAGGACUGGCCAGACGAUGAAAACACAUCGUUCGGAUGAGUCUAUUUCACAAGUCCUCAGAUUAGUUUUUUUCAGAAUAAUUUUGAGAGAAGACCAAAAUGCCAGCAAUGUUUGACAUCAUGCGGCUUUCCGUUUCUCUGGGCUGCAAAUGAAAGACGGAGCCUUGAAACCUAAACUUGCCUCAGAAGGAUUUAAGCCUAGAUUUGGAUUUUGGUUUUGAGUUGUUUUUUUUAAGCUGGUAUUGGUUUAUGGUUUACAUUCAGUUUGAGGAUUCAGAGUGUGCAUAAAACUACUUGAUUCAGGUCUUUAAACCAGGAUGGACCAGGACCAGGUACUUCCUCAGUCUUUCAGGCUGACAGAGAGCAUCCGGAUGAACACUAAUGAUGAUUUAGACCCAGAACAAGAGCAGCAGGAUGAUUCUGUACCUGAUAUCCAGCCUGAAUCCAACCAGGGGACAUUGGAGCCAAGGGACAAACUCCCACUGCUAGACCCAGAACAAGAGCAGCAGGAUGAUUCUGUACCUGAUAUCCAGCCUGAAUCCAACCAGGGGACAUUGGAGCCAAGGGACAAACUCCCACUGCUAGACCCAGAACAAAAGCAGCAGGAUGAUUCUGUACCUGAUACCCAGCCUAAAUCCAACCAGGGGACAUCGGAGCCAAGGGACAAACUCCCACCGCUGGCUUAUAUUGAGUCCCGCAUGAAGCAGCUUCACAACAGGCGGUUCCUUCUGCUAAAGAUGCAGCGCUUUAAGAAGAAGCCAGAGGAGAAUGGUGUCGGAACCACGGAGGAAAUGACCUGCGAGCACAGCGACCAACUGUGUGAGCUGGAGGCCAUCCAGAAGGAGCUGGAGGAGCUGCUGGUUAAAAAAGAGGUGUUGGAGAAAACGGGAAAUCGCUCUAAAUUCACAGAACAUAAAGGUCAACAGGACGCACGUCGCAAUUUUUAUAAAAGUGAGAUCCCCCGUGGGGGGAUCUAUAUGCUACCGCCUCCCCAGCUGGAACUAGAGGAGCGGAAAGGAAAAGCUAAGCCUGUGUCAGAAAAACCAACAGGCCCAGUCGUUCCAGUGGAAAGUCUGGUUGGAACACCAGCGGUCACCAAAUGUCCAUCCUGUGAAGAGAUCGUCUUCACAGAAACCAGCAGCAGAGUGGGCGAGGCUACAUGGACGCUUUGUUUCUUGUGCACCAUAAUGGGGUGUGUCGCAGGCUGCUGUUUAAUCCCUCUCUUCAUGAGCAGUCUGAAGGACGUCCACCACCAGUGUCCCAAUUGCCAGGCAAAAAUACACACCCACCAGCCAUUUUGACCUGGAGGUUACUAUAUUAACAGCACUGGUGUGAUUUAUACAGAAUGAUCCGCUGCGUCUGUGCUUGAGUGACCACUUCCUGAGGACUUGGAGCUGUCUUGGACUCGGCCUCUGCCGUUUGACUCCACAACUGAUUGUGGCAAUGUGCCUGGAGUCAAAUACAGUGCUGGUACAAACUGUAAAAAGGCUCAGACAACUUAAGGCAAACCUAGUGUUCUUACUGUAAGUGAAAGUCAGCCUCAGUUUGCCUACCAGAAUAUCUGCAUAACAUGGACUUAAUUCAAGCUCUACGCUCGCAAAUGCAAACACUGCCAUUCAAAUCAAUACUUACUUUAAUGAUGUCUAGACUAGUUAAUGUGUCAGAUACUAAUAACUUUACACAAACUGACGCCUAUAUUUAAAAGGAUCAAUGCCGUUGUUUUGCUGAUAUUAGGAUACAGCUUUGUGGUUUGUCUGUCAACACUAUUGAACUUCAUGACCGCUUUCGUUGUUAUAAGCAAAGUAUAUCUGUGAAUACGUUAUCUCAGAGGAAAAUGUAAAUGCAUUGCUGAAAAUAUGCAAACACGGACCUGUAACCUGACAAAGCACUGUUUUCAUACACUGUCAGCCAUAACACAAUUACAAUGUAGAGCCUUGUUUGAUUCUUCUCUUUCUGUACUCACGCCAGUUAUUUGAAAUAUUGUUUGUGUCAUUGUGUCAUUUUAUAAAGAAAUGUGCAUUGUUAUGUAAUUAACUGUUACAGAGGCGUUCACAGUACACCAAAUUUUAUUGACACAUAAAGGCAUACAGUACUCAUAUACAUCUUUUGGAGUAUUUACAAAAUAAAGAACCCAUGGAUGUUACACAUGUAGAAAAAUAUGCAUUAC